GGCGCAUGCGCCGUACUGUUUCUUAAAAGUGUAAAUCUUUAUGGUUCACCUUUCGGAAUCAAAAUCAAACUUUCAGUAAAGUUAAAGUAUAUACAAACAGGAUUACAUUAAUUCAUCAAACUGGCUCAUCAGUUUUGGUUUUCGUUCCCUCCGCCGGGAGCAUCUGGUGGGAGUUCUUCAAAUACCAAAGCAGGACCUACCGAGGAGGAGAAACAAAAGGAGCGCCAGAAGAAUGAAAACGCUGAACGAGAGCAACAAAAGCAUCAGAAAAUUGAAGCUGCUAUAUUCAAGCGUGAAGCCCGCGAGGUUCGCCAGCUUGAUAACGAACUACUGAAUCAACGUCGUGCCCAGGAAAGGGAACGGCAAGCGCAGUUGGGAACAGAUCGACAGACAGCACCGUUACCGCUUGUAACAACCGCAACCACUCCUGGUAAGGCAGAAGGACCCAAUUUAUUUGAGUUGGAAACAAAAAGUUCGGAUGAAAAAUCUCCCGGUACGAAAAAUGAAACUGAUGCCACCACUAAAAUGUCAUUCAACGAGCAGGAAGAACUCACUAAAGAUCACUCUGAGGAAGAAUCACCUCAACAAGCACCAACAAUAAAUGCAGCUAUGUUGAACAAGACAUCUUUCGUAGAGUAUCAAGAGACGACACCAGCAAUACCAUUUGAAUUUAUACAAAACCGACAAGAUUCUACUGAAAGUGAAUUGUCAACUACCUACUCGCAUUCACAGUCAGAGGCAUAUCAAAAGUUAAUGUGUCGUGCGCCGAUAGCAUCACUUGAUUGUAUGGAGGAAUUCAGUGGUACGACUGCUCAACUAGAUUUCGGUCGCUCUAUAAGCUUGGGCUCGAACCCGGCCAUUCCUGUGCGCAAUAAUGCCACGGCCACGCCCGGAUUGCGUUACAAAAAUCUCGGCAAAAGUGGCCUCCGCGUUUCGAACGUCGGCCUUGGAACAUGGCCCAUAUUUUCGCCCGGAGUUUCGGAGGAACAGGCGGAAGCCAUCCUGCGUCUAGCCAUCGACAGUGGCAUCAAUUUGUUCGAUCUUUCCGAAGCUCACUCAGGCACGAGAGCAGAACUUGAAUUGGGUAAAAUUAUUCAAAAAGCCGGGUGGAAACGAACAAGCUUUGUUAUCACGACCAAAAUUUACUGGAGCACCAAAUCCGAUGAACGAGGAUUAUCCAGAAAACAUAUAAUAGAGAGUGUUCAAGCCAGUCUACAACGAUUGCAAUUGUCGUACAUAGAUAUCAUAUUAGUGCAUAAAGCUGACUCCAUGUGCCCGAUGGAAGAAAUUGUUCGAGCCAUGAAUUAUGUCAUCUCUCAAGGAUGGUCCAUGUAUUGGGGUACAGCCAGGUGGUCACCGGUUGAGAUCAUGGAAGCCUACACAAACUGCAGACAGUUCAAUUGUGUCACACCGAUUGUGGAGCAAGCCGAGUAUCACAUGUUUUGCAGGGAAAAGGCCGAACUUUAUCUUCCCGAAAUGUACAACAAGAUCGGCGUCGGUUUCAUGGCCUGGGGUCCUUUAUCGAUGUGUCUGGGGGAUACGCAGAAUUCCGAACGUCUCUGGUUGCCAAAAGGAUCGUUCAAAACCAAGAGUCAAAGCUAUUCCUGGACAGAAGACGAAGUAAACAAAGAGGAACGAUUGGAGGAAACCCGCCGCAUUUUCGACAAAGCGAGAGAUAUCAGCACGUUAGCGGAAAAACUUGGAUGCAACGCAAUGCAGCUGUCGAUUGCCUGGUCGCUCAAGCACGAACCCGUGCAGUGCUUGCUGCUGGGAGCAACAUCUCCGGAACAAUUGCACCAAAGCUUGCAAGCCCUGCAGCUCCUGCCACGGCUGUCAACGGGCGUAAUGUUGGAAAUCGAACGCAUCCUGGACAACAAGCCUGUUAGACCGCCCCCAAUCUCAACCCUGGCGCUUCGGUGACAAUCAGCCUGCCCUCCGGGGCCUCCUAGUUCAACGGGAGUUCCCUGCGGGGCAGAGUCACCAAAAGAAGAAGACAUCAGCAUGGGAGAGGAUCAAAAAGAGUCUCAAAAAAUCAGCUUUUGCGAAAUUCAGUGACAACAGGGGAAUUUAGACAGCAACAAAUUUUCCUCCAAGUCCUCGAAAUAUUCCGAGAAUCUCAAAACCAGCUGUAGAAAAAAUACCAUUAAAUACGCGAAAGUGUCUGAGUCGACUAGCAAUUUGGAAAUUUCUCUUUUGUCCAGUACUCGCUUAGAUAGUAAUCCGACAAUUACUAAAAACGAUAAUAAUUCAACCAGAGAUAAUAACAAUGCACGCCAAUUAGAUCAUAAAAAGUCAAUUGAUACAAUGAUAGUCAGUGUCAAUGAGCAAGAAGAGAAUGUAAAAAAUAGCAAAACAAAGAUUCGCCGCAAUUCAAGUUUAAUUAGUUUUAAAUCUUUGGACAUGAGUCUUAAGUCGAUCUUGUCCUUUAAAGGUCACAAAAGUAAUAGCGACAAGUGUCGCAAUGAUUCAAUAUCAACUCAGAAAACUAAUUGUAUCCUUCGCGCACCGUAUCUCAAAGUAGAACCGGUUUCUGAUGAAUCUCAGAAGUUGCUUCUAACUUAUGCUCAAUCACCGCAGCAUCGUCGUAGUUUUGAUACCAGCUCACAAUAUUUAAGCACUCAAACAAACUAUCAGGAACUGGCACAAUCUCCUCACAGCAGUUCACCGUAUCUGUCGGUCAGCACCGGUAACAUCCGGCGGUCGUCCACGUCUGACAUCCUUGGUGGUGGGAGCGCUGGUGGCGUCGGUGGCAGUUGUAGCCGAAAAGGCAGCGCUCAUCAAUCUUCCUGUGGCUCCGUACUGGAGAGCCGCAAACCAAGCACAUCGGACCUCCUCCGGAAGGCUCGGGAACGCAAGGGUAGCGAGGGUAAGAUUGGUCGGAGCAUGUCCCAUGGUGGAAUAUCCCGAGGGAUGAGGAACCGUCGCACCAGCAUGGCAUAUUAGAAGGACGGCCGGUUUGGACAAAGUUACACACUGCCACAUGGAAGCAGUCGAGGUCGAAAUAACAAUUUACAUUUUUUCAACAUUUUUUGUCAUUUAAGCAACUUGAUUAUGAUUGGUAUUUAUUUCUCGCAAUUUAGAGAAUCUUACAAAAAAAUAUCACUUUAUUUAUGUGAAUCGGAAAAAAGGAUCGUUGAAGGGUCACUGUACAAACAGGUUCAGUGAUCGCAGGUGCGAACAUUUGAACUAAAUUGCCGUUAGCUUCUCCAGAAAGUUACAAGCUUAUUUCAUGUUUGUUGGUAUUUGUAGAUUUACCUCGAUAGUAAGCAACCUUGAUAAUAAGCAACUGUGAUAUAAAUUUUUUGUACUUUUUGUUACUGGUUUUCAGUUUCCUUAGUUAGAAGGUUAAUCUACAAAGAAAAACGGCUACUUUGUUGGAGGAAACCUUUUCUAGACAAAGCAAUGAACUAGAUAAAAAAAUUGCUUGCUAUCGAGGUACUCUUGUUUCUACAAAUUGUUGAAUUAUCGAAAACUUUUUCUUACGAAAUUUGAAAUAUUUUUUCGACUCAGAUUCAUCUAAACUUUAAUUGGCAAUCAUUUUAUUAUCAUUUCGUUUUCGCGUAUGAAAAGAAUGAACCUACGUCAAAACGUAUCACGCAAUACCAAACACUUAAAGAAAGAAAAAGAUUAUAUUUUUUAUUUACACGACUAGUUAAAAAUAAGCCAAAACAUAUAGAUAUUUAUUAAUUUCACAUGGAGAAUAUUUAAAUACAGCGUAAUCGCAAAAUUAGAACUUUGUUUCAGACGUAGCUAACUAAAAAUUGUGAAAUGGUUCUGCUAAAACAAAUUUACAUUUUUCAUCUGCCGAAGCACUCUGCCUCUAAAACAGUUCAAGGUAUCUUCAGUUGGGGUGAGAAUAAGUAAGAAACGACACACUCAAACUAAUAACCUUUUACCUAUAUUUUAUAUUUUCAUCUUUUUUAGGUUUUAAAAUUUCUAUUCAUCUCUUCUGUUUUCUAAACAUAAUUCGUUGUGACUGAUCCAAAAAUAAUUGGAAGUUAAAAAUGGUCAAAUCAAGUGAUUUGGUAAUUGAUUAUGGUUCAUGUACCUUUUAACGGUAUCGUGUUUCUAUGAUAACAUAAUAUUAAACAAAGUUUAUUAUCUGAACACUUUUUUUAAUUUUCUGUUGCAUUUUUACCUCCACUGGCAAAUCUCGCUGACAAUUUUUUUACACUAAGUAACUGUAACUUAUUCAAUGAUUAAAAACCGAAACUGAUUUGGUAUACAUUUAGUUUGUCAGUAGUAAAACGUGUAAUGUUCACAUUUUUAAUCAUUAAUACAAAGUGUAUUGCAACCAAAGUUCAGAGCCCAGUAGGCAAAAAGUGUAGUUUUGAGGCAUUGUACCGUCCGUUUAUCCACUUAGCGGAUAUCAGAUUAUUUAUUUAUAAAUUAGAGAAAUCUCGAUAAGGUGUGACCGUGAAUCAAAAAAACUAUACAUAGGUAAAAUUUCAGCUAAUCUUGUUAACGCGAUAGUUUUAAAGCUAAUUUAUUCUGCAGAAAAGCUAGAAAUCAGCAAAAACGUACUGUUUACUCGCCUUUACAAGCAAUGCCUGCAGUGCCAAACAUAGUUUGUUUUAUGCUCUGUUAAACAAAUUCGAAGUCAUGCCACAAAAGGCUUAAAACUUGUUUCAACGUAGUUUUUUUUUAGAAAUAUUACGCUCAAUGAUUACGAAACGUUGCAAAUUAUUUCAUAACAAAGCUUUCAAAACCGAUUUCUGUGAGAAUGUACUUGAAAAGUUCCAGGUGCAGCUGACAAACUAUCCUGCAUAAAAUGAAGCAAAAUAAAUCAUUAAUAAACACCAAAUUUACUUCUAAAAUUGCUGAAUGAACUGUAGCAUCUAUUGAAAGCACUGUCCUACAAGAAAAAGUUACCAAAACACAAUACAAACGUUGCAAUAAUUAAUCUAAAACUACAAAUUAUAUACAUUUAUAUUUGAAGAAAAGCAAUUCACACUAAGACGACUAGCUUUUCACACUUGUUUUUUGAAACUUGAUUUCAAGCCAACAAUUGAAGGCACACAAACAGCCGUAAAUAUCCUUGACGAUUUUUUUCGCUUUGUGAGAUCUUGUGACACGGCUGUUGUAAAAAGAUCGGAUGUGUCACAAGAUUGCAUACAAGCGACGGUUUGAGAAUACACAUGGAAUGAAGUUAAUUGCAAUUUGGAUCUUAAUUGUUACAUUGGUUAGGUACUCUUAAAUGUUUGAUCACACUUCAUUUCUUGUUAAGUAUCUUCUCUACACUAAGAAAAAAGAGUUCCCAAAAUCGUGAACAAGCGUUCAUGAAAAUGGGAACCUCGAACAAAGUGUUCAAAUCCCAUGGUACGAUUUGGAAAAACGUACCAUAAAAUUUGAACACUUUGUUCGUGGUUUCCAUUUUCAUGAGCACUUGUUCACGAUUUUGGGAACUCUUUUUUCUCCGUGUACCUUGGGGCCAUUCGUUAAAUUAUUUGUUGAUACAGUUGUGUUAUGAAAUUGAAAACAAGUUUUGUUUUGAUACAAAAAUCUUUUUCGAAGGAGCAUAUGCAACGAGAUGUCGUCUUAGUGCCAAUCGCCAUCAGUUUAAAUACAUCGUUCUUCAACCUAUUCUUAUCCCCAGGAGGUAUUAUUGUAUUAAAAGAAGAUAUAAAACAUAUUUGAAUAUAUAGCACAUUCACUCUCUUUUAGCUAUGCCAAAAGUGCAUCUUUUAGAUUAAAAAAGGCAUUGUAAUGAAAUAAAUCAUUAAACAAAAAUCUAUAAAACUAGAGUAGAUAUCACUUAAAAAAUGAAUACCUACACGGCUACAACGUUUGCAGUUAUGAAAGAAGAGAAGAUAUUUUCACCAAAAAAAUAUACCUGUAGAUAACACAUAAUUUUGCGACACCAAUUUAGCAAUGGAUUUAGACUUCAAUAAGCAGAUCUGAAGGAAGGGUUAACACGAAAAGUGUAUAAAUUAAGCAAAACGGAAUUUUUCGCGUGUGAAUGAAAAAAAUAUAGCUAUAAUAAUACUCUGGAAAUACUAUGUCUCAAACGACGCGAGUGCCACUGCAGUGGUCGAUUGUUAAUAAUAAAGAAGAAAAGUAAUAAUACAUUAUGACAUAAGAAUUUUGCAGCAAGUUUCGGUAGGGAAGAGUUCGUCAGUUGUGUGACAUUCUAUCAGGAUGUUUGGAGCAAAUUUUUACUAUCUCUGUUUAUAGUUCUAAAAAUUCAUGAUCAGAAUGUGACCAACUUUUUCAAAUAACUAGAUAUCAAAGAGCAGCUUCUAUUGUUAGCAUAUUUUAAAAAUCAACGAAAGUUUACCAAUAUCAAGAAAACCUUCUAUUAUUCAGUAAAGAAAAGCAUCUCCAAUAUUUAACAAUAAUGGCCUUCUCGCCUUUAUUCGAUAUUUAUCGUAUUUUAUAUACUCUCAACACUUCUAGUUCAGCUGAUUGUUUCACAGUAAAAUAUUUCAGAAAUCAAUAGUCGCUUGCGCAUCAUAAAACAGAGCAGGCUGGGCGUUUAACAAAAUUGAAUUGAUUUCCCUGUGCCUUUUAAUGCUAUUCAGGACUCAAGCCUAGUCAUGUUAGGUCAAUUAUGAUUUGAUUGUUAGAAUACGAAUUCGAAAUAAUACGGGCCCUCAAUAAACUACAUCAGAAUCAAA